GUCAAAGUUAUCAAAAUAAAAGUAAUACUAUUAUCAAACCCUUCAAUCUGAUACAACCCAAGAUUUAUAAAAAAUAAGCCAAUCAAAUAAUUUAAUUUUUCUACGAGUCCUAGGAAUACAAAACAUUCUUCAUCAUGGCUUUUUCAACUCAAAAAGAGUUUUUUCACGUUCCUUUUAUGAAUGAGGUUGAAGAAUUUGAUUGCCUCGAGUCGUGUGUUAAGCUAAAGUCGUACCCAUCAAAUAUUGAUGACAGGUCAUGGUCUGCCAGCCAAGAAAAGAAAUCAAGAUUUGUUGCAGACCUAAUCGCAUGCAAUUCACCUGUUAUAGGAAAGCGUACUGAAAACGGAAAUGCUUUGAAAAAAUCGGUACCCACAAGCUUAGGACCAGAAGAGGAGUAUGGUAGUAGCCUCCUUUUAAGAGACAGCCUCAUUAACACAGCGGACGAUACAAUCAGGCGAAUGCAAGACAUUAUGUUUAAAAAUAAUAUGUUGCAACAGAAAUUGGAUGAAUCAGAUGAUAAGCUUAUAGUGGCCAAUGAAGAAAAUGCAGAGAUUUUGAGGAUUUUAAGUGAACGCUAUAAUCCGGAUAAAAGCGAGCUAUUGAAAAAAAAAAUAAAAGAACUGGCCGACGAGAAGAAGAUUGAUCCUGAAGAUGAAAAGCAAUUAAAUGAUUUGCAAAUGUCAAUAGUUGAUAUGAUUAAGGCACACGACAUUCUCGAAGCUGAAAAUUCCAACUUGAAGCGGCUCAUUGAAAAACAAUCGGUUCGUUGUACACUAGAUAGUAUAGAAGUGGAUCCUGAAAAAAGUACUGACCUACAAUACCUGCAAAAUAAAAUUAACAGAAUGGGAAAGGAAUUGGUUUUGCUUCGGAAAACUGAAGAUGAUCUAAUGAAAAAAUGCGCCAAGCUAAGUGAAAUUGAAAAAAGCAAUGAUAUUGAAAGAAGUAAUUUUUCUCCUGAAAAAGAUGUUUCUAAUAUACAGAGAAUUUUGGCAGAACGCGAUGCACUGCGUAAAAAAUGUAAAAAUUUGGAAUCUCUUGGCGAUAAAAUAAAUCAAUUGGAACAAAAAGCAAAUGAAGCCGAAAACAUUUCGGGGGACCUUGAGGAUAACCUAAACCAACAAAGCCAGUAUAUCAAUGAGAUGCAACUGGAGAUGCAAGAUAUGCAAAACUAUUAUGAAAAUGAAGUAGAUAAGGCAAAAGGAAAUGAAGAAAUUCUCAAGCGCAGCAUCCAGCCGAAAGCUUUCGACGGUGGACGCAGUAAAACAGUUAGUUGGCUAGCCCAAUAAUUCUACAUUGAAAUAACACUAUUGAUAAAUUGUAUAUAUUUAUUAACAAA